GCGAGAUCGAUUAUCGCUAUCAGAGAGCACGGAACGGGAAGAUGGCUGGCCGUCCGCCCUCACGCGAAACGACGUCUUUUCCAGCCGGUAACAUAAUACAUUCAUCCUCAUCAGCUUCUGAACGAAUGGGAGCUUUCGGAGCUUUGGAGCUCGAUCAUGAACCCAACCGAGGGCGUGAUUCACAGCAAAUUUCGAGACCAGACGACUUAUGGCAAGCCCCUGCUGCCCAACGAGUAAUGCUUCCACCGCUGGUUCGGUCCCCAGAAUCACAACCGUCCAUCACACCCAGCAGCCGAACCCCUUCAUACGGAAACCAUUACCGCCAGCAGGCAGGUCCCCUUCUACAGCAUACACCGCACGCACCAUCUACCUCAAAUGGUAGCCAUACAAGCAGCAAAAGGAAGCAUCAAAACUUAUCUAGCGUCGUCAGCGAAUCUGGAAACUCUACAGAUCUUGCCAGAAAUAUUUGUGAAUAUAUAAAUGAGAAGAUACCAUACGGACUCAGCGUAUUCCUACUCAUCACACUGUCAGUCAUAGCAUUUGUGCUUAUACUGAUAGGCUGCUUUAACAUCCCGUUCUGUCGAGUACAACCUAUGAUACCCAUAUGGCUUUUGGUAACUGGCAUUCUCCUCAUAAUUACGGCCACACUUCGAAUAUAUCAUCUUAUUCCCUCACCAAAUGGAAGGUCCGGAACAAUGACAGUAAAUCUAUGUUGUCAGGGAACAGAAGCGCUGUUAUGGGUAGCGAAUGCUGUAUGGCUAACAUUGGGUUGCAUAUGGGUCUAUGGCAGUAAACCGUAUGUUCAUUUUGAGCAACACAUGUUCGAACAACAUUACUGCGAUUCAACCCUAUAUUGGACUGCAUUCUGGACGUGUACCAUAUAUUUGGUCAUGAUCUGCGUACUGAUAAUCGCGUUGCUUAUAAUCAUGGCUAUGGUAUCAUCAAAAGAAGUUCGGGAGACACAGCGAUGACAUAACAAACAUCAUCCAAAAAUGUACAUGACUGUAUUAGCGCUUAUUCUAUUCUUUGAUCUUGCUGCGACGCUGUUGAAUAUUUUGUUGAUUUAUCC